AGCAGUUGAAGUCCAAGGAUCAGCCAGAGACAGCAGCAGCAGCAGCAGCAGCAGCACAAAGUUAAAGAACAACAUACAACACAGCACAAUGAACAGCAGAGUUAUGUUCUCCAUCCUUGCCCUCUUCAUGUUGUCUGCAACUUCCAUACAAGCAGCAUCGAUGGGAAGCUCGGGGAUGAACCUGCGUUGUCGGUGUAUCAGAACAUCCGCUAUAUUCAUCCAUCCAAAGUUCAUGGAGAAUAUCGAUAUUAUUCCACCAGGCCCCCACUGCGAGACAGUAAACAUCAUUGCCACCCUUAAAAAUGGCAACAUGAUCUGUCUGGAACCUAAAGCAAUCUGGGUGCAGAGAGUGAUUAACAGGAUGAUCAAUGAGCGCAAGAAGAAGGAGAAAGCUCAAUGAGAAGUUUGAAUGUGAAGAUGUACAUGGGAAUCUCCAUUGGCUCAGCCUCUGUAGUUGAGCUCGUUGUAAACUCCUUCAGUCAAUGAAAUUGCAACUAAUUUAAAUUAUUAUG